GCAAACGUGUUAGAACUUCGAGUCGUGGGUUGGCUGACGUUUCGCCGAUCUCCCGUUUUAACGGGCUAUAGCGCACACGUCGACGCAGAUUACCGAAAGCAAGCGAAGACGUCGAGUUAACCGCGUUUGAGGACGCAUACUGUGGUACCACGUAUUCUGACACUUAAUUCUACCUCGUUUUAAACACAAGACGUACUUCGAAAAGUAAGCCGGAAAAAUGGCACCUAAACAGAGGAUGCGUAUCGCUAACGAAAAAGCUACCAAGAAUAUUACCCUCCGUGGAAACGUCCCGAAAUCUUCGAAAGCCCAAGAGGAAGGAUCCCCUGUUGGACCUUGGCUCUUAGCAUUAUUUAUCUUUGUAGUAUGUGGGUCCGCUGUUUUCCAAAUCAUCCAAAGUAUCAGAAUGGCGUAAAAAUAUUUAGCACAUUUUUACAACAGAGCACUAAUGAAAUUGUUAAAACGAAGAAUGUUCCACAACUUAUUAAUAUAUAUUAUUGAUACUCUUCUUAAGAGCGACUGACAUUUUUCGACACAGACAUAGAACCUAUAUGAGCUACGAUAUGAGAAUUACCACAUCUAAAAGGACUCAAGAGUCCUUUAACAGCUGCAACGCAGUUGAAGUGUAAUUCGUAAAUCAGAGAACUCUAUUUUCUCUGUCUUAAUCGGCUUAAAGAUUUAUUUAUAAAAGAACUUAGCAUUUAUAAGCGUUUAAUGUAACUGAAGUAAUUAGUAAUUAUGGAAUUUGCUGCAUCAAUGGAAGGAACCUGAAAUGUAUCCAGCUGUAUUCGGAUAAGAUAGGAAUACACUUAUUUCUCUGUUGCAUUUGCAAUAUUUUUUUUAUCAUUUCAGUUUUAAACAGCUGUUAUAAUUGAGGGUGACAAGCAUUUCGCGAAAAACCAAAAUGUUUAGAUAUAAGGCGUACAAAGCGCUCAUUGCAAGAAUCCUUCCAUUGAUGUUAAUAUAGUAAAUAAUUGUAUAUAGAUAUGACAAUGUAUUUAUAUGAUGUAUUCUAUAUUGUUUCAUCCCAAGCAUUCCACUACAAGCGGCUGAUUAGCCACUUGUUAGUGCUCUGUUGUUUUCUUCCUUCAUUUCGUUCAAUAGAUGAAUUAGUUCAAUAAGUGACGAUAGUCCGACAAAAAUAUUGUUAAAUAUCCUACGAUUCCACUGAAAAUGUUUGCUACCAAUAUUGAUUAUCUACAUUAAUAAAGUAUAUUGUCGAUAA